CCAGCGGCCGCCGCGAGGAUGGCCCGGAGACCCCGGCACAGCAUAUACAGCAGCGAUGACGAUGAAGAAGAUGUUGAGAUGUACGACCAUGAUUACGACGGCCUGCUUCCUAAGGCUGGGAAACGUCACCUAGGGAAAACCAGAUGGACCCGCGAAGAGGAUGAGAAACUGAAGAAACUUGUGGAACAGAAUGGUACAGAAGACUGGAAAGUCAUUGCCAAUUUCCUUCCUAAUCGGACAGAUGUUCAGUGCCAGCACAGGUGGCAGAAAGUGUUAAACCCAGAACUUAUCAAAGGUCCAUGGACUAAAGAGGAGGAUCAAAGGGUAAUAGAACUCGUGCAGAAAUAUGGUCCAAAGCGCUGGUCGGUCAUUGCUAAGCACUUGAAGGGAAGAAUUGGAAAACAGUGCAGGGAGAGGUGGCACAACCAUCUGAAUCCAGAAGUGAAGAAAACCUCCUGGACAGAAGAGGAAGAUAGAAUUAUUUACCAGGCACACAAGAGACUGGGAAACAGAUGGGCAGAAAUUGCAAAGUUGCUGCCUGGACGGACUGAUAAUGCUAUCAAGAACCACUGGAAUUCCACCAUGCGCCGGAAGGUCGAGCAGGAGGGCUACCUGCAGGAGUCCUCCAAAGCCGGGCUGCCCUCAGCAGCCACCGGCUUCCAGAAGAGCAAUCACCUGAUGGCCUUUGCCCACAACCCACCCGCAGGCCCACUCCCCGGGGCUGGCCAGGCCCCGCUGGGCAGUGAUUACCCCUACUAUCACAUUGCUGAGCCACAAAACGUCCCUGGUCAGAUCCCAUAUCCAGUAGCACUGCAUGUAAAUAUUGUCAAUGUUCCUCAGCCAGCUGCUGCAGCUAUUCAGAGACACUAUAAUGAUGAAGACCCUGAGAAAGAAAAACGAAUAAAGGAAUUAGAGUUGCUACUAAUGUCGACUGAGAAUGAACUGAAAGGGCAGCAGGCAUUACCAACACAGAACCACACAGCAAACUACCCCGGCUGGCACAGCACCACGGUUGCUGACAAUACCAGGACCAGUGGUGACAAUGCACCUGUUUCCUGUUUGGGGGAACAUCACCACUGUACUCCAUCUCCGCCAGUGGAUCAUGGUUGCUUACCUGAGGAAAGUGCGUCCCCUGCACGGUGCAUGAUUGUUCACCAGAGCAACAUCCUGGAUAAUGUUAAGAAUCUCUUAGAAUUUGCAGAAACACUCCAGUUAAUAGACUCCGAUCCUUCAUCAUGGGGUGAUCUCAGCAGUUUUGAAUUCUUUGAAGACACAGACAUUCUGGCUGGCAAAACUACUUCAGGCAGAGCCGUGCAGCUGCAACAUGGAGGGGCCAGUGCUUGUAGACCUCCAGGACGCCCCACCUCAAACCUGAGCAAAACCAUGUCCAGUCAGGGCCCUCCUGGCUCACCAAAGUCCUUGUCUGCCUCGCAGGGCAGUGCGACUCCGUUGGUCCUUCGCAAAAGGAGAGGGCAUGCCAGCCCCUUAGCCAGUAGCCCCAGUAGCACCUUGGGACUGGCUGAUGGCAGCAGCUCAACUUCUAAGCACUCCCCUGUCAAAAGCCUGCCCUUCUCUCCCUCACAGUUCUUAAACACAUCGCCCAGUCACGAAAAUCUGAACCUGGACAACCCUGCACUAACCUCCACGCCGGUGUGUGGCCAUAAGGUGGCUGUUACCACCCCAUUCCACAGGGACCAGACUUUCAAAACUCAGAAGGAAAAUCACAUUUUCAGAACUCCUGCAAUCAAGAGGUCGAUAUUAGAGAGCUCUCCAAGAACACCCACUCCAUUCAAAAACGCACUUGCAGCUCAGGAAAUCAAAUAUGGUCCUUUGAAGAUGCUGCCUCAAACUCCGACUCAUCUUGUAGAAGAUCUGCAGGACGUUAUCAAGCAGGAGUCAGAGGAAUCUGCGAUAGUGGCAGGGCUACAUGAAAGUGGACCCCCUUUGCUGAAGAAAAUCAAACAAGAGGUGGAGUCUCCUACAGAUAAAGCUGGAAAUUUUUUUUGCUCAAACCACUGGGAAGGAGAAAACCUGAACACUCAGCUCUUUACACAUGCAUCUUCCAUGGAGGAUGUGCCAAAUCUUCUUACCAGCUCAGUUUUAAAGAUGCCAGUGUCAGAAGAGGAGAGCAGUUUCCACAAAACAUUUGCUGUACCUAGGAACCGGCCACUAGCUAGCCCACUGCAGCAUUUGAACAACGCUUGGGAGUCGGCGUCUUGCGGGAAAACCGAGGACCAGAUGGCCCUGACCGACCAGGCACGCAAGUACAUGGCCGCAUUCCCAACCCGGACUCUGGUGAUGUGAAAGGGCCGACGGACUUCUCCGGAGAAGCAUUAUGGUUGGCAAACACUCCUCGUUCACUGGGAAGUCCCUGUUCCUCUGCACGAGGACUUUUCGUGAAUGGGAGACGAGCCUAUCUUUGUUGUGGUACAACAGUUGGGAGAGCACGAAGUGCAUUUAGUCACUGAGCAUAUAUUUUCUUGUUGGAUUUCACCCAACUUAAGAGAAUUUUCUUUUUUUUUUUUUU